UUGACAUUACAUUUCCUUUCCAUACUUCGAGAAUUCGCCGUAUUGUAUUAGUUUUAAACUGUACAAAUCAAUUAUUUCAGCGGAAGUUUCGAGAUGCCUCAGGCGCGCCGGAAGACGCCGUUUAGCGGCAAAGCAAAGAAACAGCAGCUGCAGUCUAAAAAACAGAAUAAAACGCUGUUACUCUCCAGUACAUCAGGAGAGUCCGGCCAGGAUGUGAUGUCCGUGAACUACCAGCCGUCGCGAGGCGGCAGGAACUGCAACAGAUACGCUCUCAAGUUCUUCAGGGAGAGCGAUGCGGAGCUCAAGAUGAAGAAAGAGGAUGCUUUGAAAGCCCUGAACCCCGUCCCGGAGACCGAGCUGGAGGUGGACCCUCAUGUCUUCUUCCCCGAGGACCUGGCGUUCCCCAAGCGGCCCCCAUGGGAUUUCAGCAUGACUCCAGCACAGCUGGAUGCGCAGGAGCACAAGUAUUUCACGGAGUACAUAAACAGCCUGCAAGCCACCGAGUACUGGAAGCAGAUGUCCUACUUCGAGCUCAACCUGGAGACCUGGAGGCAGCUCUGGAGGGUGCUCGAGAUGUGCGACAUACUUCUACUCAUAGUUGACGUUCGGUUCGCGGGUAUGAUGUUCCCCCCCUCCCUCUACAAGCACGUGAUGGACCAGCAGAAGGACAUGAUCCUGGUACUGAACAAGGUGGACUUAGUGCCAGCGGCUGCGGUGAUCGCCUGGAAGAAGUACCUGACUGAAACGUGCCCCGGACUCAGGGUUGUAUACUUCACUUCGUGCCCGGGGUACAAUUUGAACGGGGCCACUAGUGACAAAGCGGGCCUCCAAGUGCGUCGUAGGCGAGGCCGACAGCGCAUGUGCGCUGAGGGCGCCACGAAACUCCUGGAGGCCUGCAAGGACCUGGUCGGCUCAAAUGUAGACCUCGGCUCCUGGGAGAAGAAGAUACGCGAGGAGACUAGUGUGGAGUUCGACUAUGAUGACCAGGCCGAAGUCGGCGAGACAAUUCUCCAGGAAGCCGACACUUCCUACUACAGGCACGAGAAGUACAAAAGCGGCGUCCUAACCAUCGGUUGCGUCGGCCAACCGAACGUUGGCAAAUCCUCCCUCAUGAACGCCAUCAUGGGCCGUAAGGUGGUCUCCGUGUCCAAGACCCCGGGACACACGAAGCAUUUCCAGACCAUAUUCCUGACGCCACAGGUUCGUCUGUGUGACUGUCCCGGUCUUGUCUUCCCUUCUCUGGUUCCGCGGCCUGUUCAGAUACUUAUGGGCUCAUAUCCCAUAGCGCAGUUGCGGGAACCCUACACCACUAUCAGAUAUCUAGGCGAAAGGCUAGACCUCCCAUCUCUGCUCCGCAUGGACCACCCAGAUAACGACGACACGUGGUGUCCGAGAGACAUAUGCGACGGGUGGGCUAAGAAAAAAGGUUAUCUCACCGCUAAAGCUGCCAGACUGGAUACGUACCGAGCCGCAAACAGCCUCCUUCGCAUGGCUCUUGACGGGAAAAUAUGUCUGUGGCUUCGCCCGCCCGGCUACACGGCCAACAAAGAAUCAUUCGAGACCGCAGACGAAGUGAAAUACGUGAAAUGGGUACAAGCACUUACAUCGGAAUCGGCGCAGCCACAGCCCGGAACGAGCGAGAGCUCCGACGAGACGGACACACAGACAGACGCGGAAGACAGCGACAGCAGUGGGGCGGAAGACAUUGCUGUCGCUAAUAAGUUCGCCGCUUUAGGGCAGGACUAG